AUGGUCUCACUUCCAACUCCGCAUGCAAAUCCCUUAUUUAAUUACAUCAGUUAUUGCAAAAUAUUGGAUUAUAACAAGAUUCUAAGCUGUGUUAGGACGAAAUUGUUGAAUAAUUUUCACACCUUUGUGCGUGAUUGGAAUGAUGUAAAUUUGAAAUGGAAUAAACAUUGCUUUAGGAUUCCAUUUCGUUCCAUAGAAAGUGAUAGAGCAAGUCAGAUCGAAUUGAUUAAACCUUUUGAGAUUAUUAUUUCGAGAGAAAUUCAUAAGCUUUUGUUUAAUAAUUACUCAAUUAUAAAAACCUUGGAUAUUAAUUUUGCGCAGGAGAUCAAUUUUUUUCAGAUAUAUUUACACGUAAAUAUCCAUGAUGCAUUUAAAAAGCUUACUGUUUUAUAUUGUGAAACAAGAAAUGAUUCGUCCUUGUUUUACAUAUUGGCUUCAUAUUGCCAUCUCUUACGAAGUAUACACAUUAGAAAAUGUCAAAGUGAUAACCCUGGAUUAGCUAAUUUGAUUGAUGUUCAACACAAUUUAACGUCAAUUGAAUGUAUGAUUGAUAACAACGACGCAAUAUUUAUGAAUCAACAAGUCCUCGUAGAAAUCGGAAAUGCUUUGAUUAAAAAGGUCAAUACAAUUACACAUCUGAAGGUUUCUUAUCAAUUGAGAUUUUUCUUGCCUUUGAAACUUCUUGCAGAUACAAAAAAUCUAAAGGUUUUGGAACUUACCAACCGCAUCAAUUAUCCAGAUCGUCGAUUGGAUAUCUUAUCUUCUAAAAAAUUUUCUCAACUUGAAGUUCUAACAAUGGGAAAGGUUAAUAUUCAAUUAGUAAUACAAUUAAUUGAAAAUACUGAAGGGAAACUUUCGGAGGUUGUUCUUGAUACAACAUAUCAUGAAAGAUAUUCUGGACAUUAUAUUCAAACCGUUUGCAGAUAUUGUCCAAAUAUAAAAGUUUUGUCAUUGGGAAUCAAUACAAAUGAUUUUGAUAAUUUUGAUAAUUUAUUAAUAAAUUGUCAAAAACUUCAAAAAAUAAUCAUUGAUAGAUACCAAAAACCAAAUCUUAAAGAUACUAAAAAAUUAUAUGAUAUAUUGUUAAAAUCUUCUCCGAAAAUUCUGUGUGAAAUUCGGAUUGCUAGUAAUUGGGUAUUUCUGGCAAGUGAUCUAGAUAAAUUUAUUGUGGAUUGGAAUGCUCGAAUUCCUCCAGUUCCUCUUACAAUGUAUUUAAGUAUCUUCAUUAAAUCUGAUGAAACUUUUAAUGUCAGUAUGAAAAUGCUUGAACAACAUGAAAAAGAUGGCACAUUAAAACAUUAUGACUUUUUUUGUGAUAAUUAUAUUUGUUAG